UGAUUGGUUCCUUUAGAUUGCAACCUUUGCAGUUUUGGUUACAUUGUCCUGUUUUUAUGCAGUGAGGCUUUAUGGGAAGAAGGAAGAGGAAGUAACAUCAGAGAGUUGUAAACAUAAACAGCAACUGAAGUUUUUAAAGCUGUCUUUCUGCUACAGAAGGAAAGGAAUAACAUAACUUACAGAGGUGGAGAAAAGGAGGUACAAUCAUGGGCCUUUUCUGCAAGGCAGCACUUCUGUUCCUUCUCUUUAGGAAAGCAUUUUGUGAUGACUCAGUUGCAGAUGCCAUUGGGCCUCAUACAGUUUGGCGCAUUGCAUAUCAUCUGUCCCCAGCUCAGUGUGAUAAAUUUUAUAAAAGGCUGAGGGGAUCAAAGGAGGACCUUAAAAAGUCUGUUCGUAUUGUUUCUCCAGGGAUACUCUCAUACACCGACCUAGAGAUCGUGACCCGUGAAGAGUGCAAAAAAAAGCUACAUAAAUGGUUUGUAACUAAUGGAAACACAGUAUAUUUUGAUCGAUUUUUAGAUGAGCUGUAUAAAGUGGGACGUAUGGAUUUAGCUAAAGCGAUUGAGAACAGAUUGGCCCAGAAAUUACGGCUUCAAAUGAAGAAGUACCUGGAACCUUUCAGCCAAAAAAAUACACAGGAGGGAAAAUCACUUUAUAAUAAGGAAGAUGAUCACUUGGAGUUCAUUAUUGAACAAAAAGAUCUCCCACCAUUUAAUCAGACCCUGACUGACUGGAUGUGGCCUGUGUUAUAUGGGCUAAUUAUUGGUUAUAUUGGAGGAGCUGUCUUGGCUGCCCUUAUUUAUCUGCUGGUUUUUAGUAUUUCUGGAAUUGAUAAUUUUGACCUUAACUUAUCCCCUGAUAUGGCAGAGGUUGCAGAGGAAAUAAAUAUGGACAGCACAGAUACAGAGGGUUCAGAUGGGGAUGUAGACUAGUUACAAAGUGAAUAUACACUGUUUAUAUGAGAUGUGCAAUUAUAAGCUAUCAUUAUUGUUACUUUGUUCAUUUAGAAAGGUACCUUUUACAUUUUCUCAUAGCAAAAUGAAUACAUACUCUAGAAUGAAAAUUUAUAUUAAAAUCCUAGUUAAUGGCUGUUUUCCCUUCAAUGCAGUUUUCUGCCAGUGGCAUUCUUUAUCUAAAUAUUAAAAAGCUCAUCAGUUGCAAUUUGUUAUAGAGAUGGUGCUCUUCCAAAUCUACAUGUUAACACAAUACACCUCCUUUACACAUCCCCCCCAAUUGAUCAUAACACAAACCCACCCAUGAACACAAAGAGAAGCC